UUUCCCAUGAGUCUUUCAAGAACCCAAGAAUCUUGAGCUCUUAAGGCAACCUUUGUUCCAAACAAUUCCAUCCCUCUCUCUCUCUCAUACAUUCCAAAACUUAAAACUUCUUUUUUAUCUUCCACUUCCUGAGCCUGCAUGAAUAAUUGUAGACUCCAAAAUGCCAAAGAGAAUGGCAGUCACACAUGCAGACCUCUCACCAAGUCGUCCAACCACCGGUUUAGGUAGCAAAACCGGCGCUUUCAUCAUGGUCUUAACCAUUCUCUGCGGCCUCUUCUGCUUCAUCCUAUCUCUAAUCGCUGAAGCUACCCGUUCCAAGGUAACAUGGUUGAGCAGUGAUGAAGGGGAGGGGGGCGGGGUAAAUGAAUGUGUAUACAGCGGCAGCGGGAAAACGCCGCUGCUAUGUGCGACCAGUGCAUUUCUGGGACUUUCGGUUAUCAUGGUGGUGGAACAUGGAUACAUGUUGUUUGCAAUUAGUAACUCACCUCCAGCAGCCUUGGUUUUUUGGGAGCCUAAUUAUUCUGGUCCUGCAAAGAGCUUGAAAUGGCAAGCUGCCUUUUUCUUUGUUGCAACUUGGGUUUGUUUUGCUACUGGAGAGAUCUUGCUAUUGAUCGGGGUAAGUGUGGAGUCCGGGCACUUGAGAAAAUGGUCCAGACCAAGACCCAGUUGCCUUGUCCUCAGAGACGGCGUGUUAUCUGCUGCCGGGGUGUUUGCUUUGACAACAGUUUUCCUUGCUGCUGGGUUAUACUUGACUGCAUUAAGAGCACAAAGAAUCUCCCAACACCAAGAAACUCUGUGGAGAGGGGUGAUCGAGGCCUCCGUACUCUAUGCAUCUCCGCCAACGUCACCUCCUCUCACAACCAUUCCUAGGGAGAACCCCUCGUUUAGAGAAAGUCACAUUGAUCAGCCGCCGUUGAUUGUGAAUCCGACGGCUCUUAGCAAACAGUUAAAUUUUUAAUCUAGAUAAUUUGAUGUUGGUGAAAACCAAUGUAAAUUGUACACAAGUGUGAACAUUGUAAGUCGUAAUAUAGUUUUGCAUAGGGGUGUGCUAUCCACAUAUCACAUUUUAUUUCUCAUA